AUGGACUUCAAGACCGAGUCACUCAAGGACCAUGCAUUUUCCGACGAGGAAGAUGAAGUAUUCCUCUCCGCUACAUCUCGGCCCUCUACACUUGGGAGAUGCGCUUGUGGAAGCAUAUGCAAUCAUGCCGCUACUACGGUUUCCGCUCCCGCUCCCGCUACGACACCCAUCAUCAAGGCCGACCACUCUUCGACCCUAGGUCUGGGCUCCCGAGACAUUGAAGUUAUCGACCUUGUCUCGGAUGAUGAACAACUACCAUCCCUCGAAAGCCUCCAACGCGGAGCAAAACGGGCGACAGCCCGCUGCUCGGUCACUGCGCCAGAAUCAAAGAGGCAGACCUUGCUUGCCGCUUCUCCUUCAGUUCCCAGCCCCGCCACUUCGACCUGGCGUCCCACGACCACAGUCACUCGUGCCACGCCAGAGUGGCCUCUACCAACGAAGAUGAAUCGAUGGCUGCGAGAGCUAAAAGACGUAUACAACUCAAACCCUAGCCAGUUCUAUCGUCAUAUCGAUAGCUGGUUUGAGGAUUUCGAGACGAAGGUCCGCCUUGGACGAGUAGACGACUACUCAAACUGGGUCGCCUUGAAUUAUGGCGAACCCAGAUGCUUCACGAGUGCCUACAUUGGCGAUAAAACGAGCAUAAAAUGA